GGUUUCCGAUUCGCGCGACGCCGACGCUUCCCGCUCUGCGAUUGGCUUCUCACUACGACUGCUACACGGUGCUCGAGUUUAGUGGGAUAUUAGCACGCCCUGCAUCGCAGACAGCGUGACAUAUUGCCGAAGGAGGUUUCCUGCCCGCUACCUAUGGCAUCGUGCACUUCGCCGCAUACAGGACUCGUGGACCCCUCCAUGGACGGGCGACCCUACUAAACUAUCCCCACUGCCCACCAUAUCACUCACUGUUAGCAAGGCUUCCAUGUCCUCUGGAUCCCAUGACCCCUGCAAGGGCCCAGCCAACCCUCCCCAGGAACUCUUGCAGUUCCCUGACGGCCAAACUGCUAAACUGUGGCGGACGGGAACACCAAACGCAAACUCUGUCGUCAUAUCACUGUCAACAUCUGCACCUCCACUCAGGGCGUCCAGCGAUGUCUGCCUCGCACGUUCCAGCACGCCGAGAGUUAGUGCUGAUGACGUUAGCGACGACAUCACGAGAACGACGGGACUUACACCGCCGGCCAUCACCUUCGAUGACUCGUGUGACAACAAUAACUCGUCCAUCGCGGAAAAUGCUGUCAGCAUUUCUGAAGCCACCAGCAAAGAAGACGCAGCAUCAGCAACGCCCAGUGUUCAGCAGCACUUCAAGCAGGACUUCACUUGUAGAGGAUUCACAUUUCCGAGACUUACGAACAGUUUCAAGGAGAAGAAGCUAGAGCAAGCGUACCAGAGGUACUCACAUAGGCAGAGACAGAGGGCGCUAGUGAUGGUGAAUGUGAUCGACAUUUUUUUGAAGGUGGCCAUAUUGGUGGUGUUUUUCGUGUCGGCGGAUUACAGUGCGCAUCGAGUUCAGUGCGCGCUCUUAAGAACUUUGCCCUGGAUUGGAGUGAAUGUGGUGCUGUGUUUGCUCACGUGUUGGAGGUGUUUUGCGCAUCAGUACCUUCAUUGGGGUGCUUUGCUCAUUUGGCUAGCGUUAAACGCCGAAGGGAAUGCUAACUUCGGCGUUACGUGGUCCGAACUGCGGUUCGAGCUCGGAGGUGACGUCACAGGGGACGCCGUGUGGCAUACCAUGUUCGUGGUGUUCGUCACGUACGCUAUGCUGCCUCUUCCACUGAAGUGGUGCAUUGUGAGCGGUGGACUGGCUUCGGCACUUAAUGUCACCGUCUGCUGUAUUUAUCGUUCGGAGGUUGAUGAGCCUGAAUUCUUAAGAAUGGUCCUCACAAAUUCGUGUCUCUACGUGUGCAUCAACUUUGUGGGAAUGUACACGAAGUACCUGACGGAUCGAGCCCAGCGGAACGCUUUUCUGGAGACGAGGAGGUCUAUCGAAACGCGCUAUAGGACAGAAAAAGAAAUUAAGAAACAGGAGAGUUUGCUGCUGUCCCUGCUACCACGGUUCGUUGCCCAAGAAAUCAUCAAAGACAUCUCUAACGAGGACGACCAUCGAAAAUUCUUCUCGGCCCAAUUUCACAAAAUCUACAUACACUGCUACGACAAUGUCAGCAUACUUUUCGCCGACAUCAAAGGGUUCACCGCUCUUGCAUCCCAGUGUUCAGCGCAGGAACUUGUCAAAGUGUUGAAUGAUCUCUUUGCCAGGUUCGACCGCCUGGCCAACGAGAAUCAUUGCCUUCGAAUCAAACUUCUGGGCGACUGCUACUACUGUGUAAGUGGCCUCCCCCAUGCACGGCCAGACCAUGCCCACUGCUGCGUCGAGAUGGGUCUCCACAUGAUACAGGUCAUCAAAUUUGUUCGGCAGAAAACCAGCGUAGACCUCAACAUGAGAAUCGGCAUCCACACCGGGUCUGUUCUGUGCGGUGUACUUGGGCUGCACAAGUGGCAGUUCGACGUCUGGUCCAAUGACGUCACACUCGCCAACCACAUGGAAUCGGGAGGCAUCGCCGGCCGCGUUCAUGUCUCGAAGGCGACCCUGGAAGCCCUGGGUGAUUCGUACGCCGUCGAACCCGGGUUUGGAGAGACUCGUGACGCUUACUUGAGGCAGAACAGCGUGGAGACAUUCCUCAUCAAGAGGACCGAACCGACGACAUACAAGAAAGGCAACAAGCGCCGGAAGCGACGAAGCACUCCUGACGACAGACAGAGCACGACGAGUCUUCAGCUGAGCAAUGGUGCGAACGGCGACCAUCGUACAGGGGGCGUCGCACCUUUGGAGGAAAACAACACAACGGCGUUGGACUGGACGCCUGAAAUACCUUUUGAGAAUUUGGAUAACCUAGGCAACUUGAACGACGAAGACGCGUUGGAUGGCGAGCCAGGCUCCGCAGCAGCACCUGCGCAGGACGGAGCACUACCCGGCGGAGAUUGUAUUUCGCCGGAGGCCGAAAGUCGUUCAUCCGUUCGCCGUCACACGGGCCUGACUGCGUCCGUCAGUGAGGACGUCAACGAGCUCAUCGAUCACGAGAUCGAGAUUGAGGGCAACAAAAAGAUGGGUCGCGAAAAUGUCAGCCUCUUCACCCUUGCCUUCAAAUGCCGCCUCACAGAAAUUCAGUUCCAACAACACCAGGUUCAUGAUACGGUGUUCCGUUCGAACAUGACUUGUGCCUUCAUAGCGUGGUUAUUCAUCAUCAUCUGCCAGGGAGUAAUGUUGCCAAAAUCCUUGUUCAUGGCCAUAUCCUACCCCAUCGUCUCUCUUCUUCUCAUCGUCAUCGUAAUUGCUGCGGUCGGCAGUGAGUGUUCUUGGUCUCCUUCGCGGCUCACCCUGAUCUCGAGGACUCUCGAAGAAGAGUGUUUCUGGAGGAACGUGAUCAUAUGCACUACCUUGGCACUCAUCUAUUUUGCUUCCGUUGGAACCAUGUUUGUGUGCGAGCGUAUCAAUGGAAACUCAACUUUGACCUGCAGAAACGAAACCGCCGACAGUGCCCUCUGUUGUUAUCCCCAGUACUACGUUUUCACAUGGAUCCUAUGCAUGGUCGCGUGUUCGGCAUUCAUCAAGCUCAACUUCCUCAUCAAGGUUGCCCUGCUUACAGUGAUGACAGUUGCAGACAUACUGCUUGUAAAGGGGCUGUACGCAGACGUCUUCAGGAGGUCGCACAAGGGAUAUGGAGUGAUAGUAUCUGCUGACGACCGAAUGCCCAUCUUGAUUGCUGUAUUUUUCUACAUCGUUGUCUACCACUGCAGAUUGACAGAAGCGACAUCCCGGUUAGACUUUUUAUGGAAACGUCAAGCCCAGACGGACUUGCAAAGCAUGCGAGAAAUAUGCAGCUACAAUACUCAAUUGCUGAGAAACGUCCUCCCAGACCACGUCGCCACAUAUUUUUUAACGCACGACAGAAAAAACGAGGAACUCUAUGCACAGUCGUACGUUUCCUGCGGCGUGCUUUUUGCAUCUAUCCCUAAUUUUGCAAGUUUCUAUUCAGAAGACAUCAACAAUGGUGUUGAGUGCAUCAGACUGUUGAAUGAGAUCAUCUUCGAUUUUGACCAGUUGUUAGACGAUGAACGUUUCCAAAGCAUAGAAAAAAUCAAGACAAUCAGCAGUACCUACAUGGCCGCGUCGGGAUUAAAUCCCAAAGAUCAGAACGUGUGCGAGUGGGUGCACAUAACGGCUUUGGUGGAUUUCGCUUUUUCGAUGAAGGAGGCGUUGGAAGACGUCAAUAAGCAUUCCUUCAACAGCUUCAAGCUACGUGUAGGGAUUAGUCACGGCCCUCUGGUAGGAGGUGUGAUUGGCGCCAAGAAACCCGUGUACGACAUAUGGGGGAACACAGUGAAUGAAGCCAGUCGCAUGGAUUCGACGGGCACUAUGGAUCACAUCCAAGUUCCAAAGGCAACGGCGCAGCUUCUGGAGGAACACGGCUACAACGUCCAACCAAGAGGCCUCGUGCCGGUCAAGGGCAAGGGGACGAUGGAAACGUACUAUAUAUUGGGCAAAAGGAUCGCGAGGGUGCGUUCUAUGAACCGGCAUCCUAGCACACGAAGCACUCUUGCCGCGUUUGUCUAUGGACUCGUGCAGGCCAGGAAGAAACAGGCGUUGGGAUCGAGCUUGAGCGUGCCGAGUCCACGGAACCGUGCCACGCCUGGAUCUUUCGUUCGCAAGCAGAAGCUGCACCGGAUGCUGUCCGAGACGCCCAACUCUGACCGCAAGAGAAACAGUCGUCUGAGAGAGAGAAGGAUGACAGAGACGGCAGUAACUCUUCCACCGCAACACCAAUCCGACACCACCACCAUCACGAGGCAGGCCACCACGUCAUCUGUCUGCAAAGACACACGGAAGUCGUCUGUAAAUGACAUCGUCCCAUCGUCAUCCACGUCAUUCUGAUGAUCAGCGUUACCAUCUAGUACCUAGCACAUCUACAACAUUCCAUUGUCAAAUACUGUGAUGCAAUUGUUACGGGCGUGACAAAGAGACAGACAGAAAUACACGGACGCGACAUUUUUACUUUGUUGACCGAACGUUGUCAGUGCUCUCGUUAUGGCGUAAUGCUAAAUUGUUGAGCCAAUGACGAAAUAUUAGACGACGAAGUGUAUUCGGUGAGCCGUUCAAGUGUUACGAGACUAAAUAAAUAAACAAAAGUGUAAUUCUUUA